AGUAAUCUUAAAUACAAAUGUAUUUGAACUCAUCAGAAUACUUCUAGUUCUAAUGAACAUAGUUUAUUCUCCUCAAUCAUCCCCGUUUGACUGGAAAUUUCUAGGACUAACUGUAUCUUAGGUGUGAAUGACCUACCCAAGUGUACGCCAAUAACAUCUUUAUGAAAGAUUAAAUAGAAAAUACAUGGCACUUGUCAUCUUCAACACAAAGUCUGCCACCUCUAGGUCAAACUGCGAGACAUACUACAAUGUGUCUGUAACCUCCCUGUUAAAUUGAGUGUUAUGACACUUAGCUACUUAUGAGUUCUGUAUUACUUUACUUAAACUUCUAUUGAAAAACUUUGCUGUGCAAUGAAUUCAACAGUUAUGACUGUAUUAAAAGCCUUGCUAGCAAAAUUUGGACGAAUAUUCCUUGUAAUCUUUGGGGUUGUCCGAAGAGCUUUCUGUUGUUUUAAACGAAGACGGCGACAUUCUGACACUGUUCUUCCCGUGACUGUAAAUUCAAAGCAUCAGAGUUCACCAUUAAAUUUGCAGGCACCAGAAUUGCAGAGCUGGGAAGUAUGGGAAGAUGACAUGCCAAAUUCUGUGAGAGUUGAAAGAAAUGCCAGUACAUCAGGUUUCACGGAUCAGGAACAUGAUGUGGAUUUUUUUAAAGAUAUGACACCAGAAAUUACCAAACCAAAGAGACUACUAGUACGGAAGCCAGAGACUGAAAGCUCAAAAUUUCAAGGUUUGUCAAGUAGACUUGCUAUGGAUACCAAAGGCUUAGUCAUACAGAAUUCUGAGCUUGGAGAAUUAGAAGAUGACAUAGAAAGUUGGGAAGAUGUUAUGGCUUCGGAAGAUGUGUGGGAAUCGGACAGUGUGCUGAAGGAAAGUCGACAAGCUGAGCGGGAACGCAAACUCCAAGAACAUCAGAGGAGAAAACAGGAACGAGAAGUUAAAAGAGCAAGUAAACAAGACCUUAAUCUCAAUGCUAUCAAACUAAGUUGAUAACUGGACCUGACAGCACUAUGGAAUAAGAUACAAAGUAAUUGAGAAGUAUGAUACUCCGAUAUUUUCUCUAAAUCACUUUCUGCCAAAGUGAGAAAAAAAAAACAUCUCAGUGUUAGGGUUGAAUAAAAUUAUGGGUUUAACAUAAAAAUAAGAACAAACCCUCCCCCUUUGCCCUCCCCCCCCCAAAAACAUUCAAAUAACACAUGAGGAAAAAAAAACAUCUAUGUUAGGGUUGAAUAAAAUUAUCGGUUUAACAUAAAAAUAAGAACAAAAAAAUUGCCUCCCCCCUUUGCCCUCCACCAAAAAACAUUCAAAUAACACAAGUUUGGGUCUUAUUUUUAUAAGACUUAUACCGUUAUUUCAUAACUUAUACUGUUAUUUCAGUAGGAGAUUUGGGUUUAAAUGUUUACAUUAUUUUCAGAAAAUAAAUACCAUUUCAUGAAGUUAUCCAGGAAGAAAUGUAGUUCACACCAAACCAAUUCUAUAGGUAAACUUGGUGUGCACGUAUAAUAUGUUACAGUAAACAAUCCCUUAAGAAUGACUUUUAACCAGUGUUUUGUAUUUUUGUUUUAUAAGAGGUGACAGUUUCCUGAUUUAGCAUUUUAAAAAUCAUGCUGGUGAUAAAUAUAGAACAAAAACGUAUUGUAAAAUUAUCAUUGUGCAUGGAAACAACAUGGAUUGCAUUGAUAAACUACUAUACAAAAUAUUAUGAUGACGAGGAUGUGAUGAAAAGAUUAGUUUAAUGUUUUAUCUUGUGUCAACGUAAUUUAAAAAACCUUCACCUCUCAGUUUUUUUUAAGUUUAGGUUUAUAUUUUUUUGUAACAUCAAAAUCUAACAACACAGCAAGUCCCAUAUCUAACUGUAAUAACUAAAACAUUGUUUAAUAUAUAUAUAAAAUAUUUUUAUUUGAAUAUUCACUUUUUGAAAGAAAUAGGCCAACGAUGCUAAUGAAGAGGUUAGUAAAACUCAAAAAUGCUUAUCAGUGGUUGGUGGUUAACUUAACAUGCACUUUUUUGGGUUACAGUUUUUUUUUAGGACUGUACAGCUUUACUUACGAUACGAGUGAAAAAAACAUCUGUCUAGGAUUUUAACAACAGCUGUAUUUGUAAAUAUUGGGUGAUUUGCUAAUCAUGAAUAAAUUUGUCUAGUCUGUA